AUGCCGAUUUGGCGUACCCGGGGUGAGCCCAUUGCAUCGACCUGGCGUCAUUGGGCCCACCCGGCCACCGCUUUACAGGGUGUAGGCCCGACGGUAUACACUCCAGACGCCUCUGGGCCCGUGCGUCUGCUUAACGUCCCUUGGGGUUUCGUUAUGAUUAUGCGGCCAGCCCAUGAGCUCCGAGAUAGAGCGCUGGGCCCAGCUGUGUUCAUGAAUGUGGUGCUCCAGGCCCAUCCGUCCGCCGCACAUACAGGGCCCGGGCCUAUUCGAUUUCAGGAGACCCGAUAUGGGCUCCCUCGGGCGCCUUAUCGCCGUGGCCCCAGCUCAGCCACAUAUAAAGAAGUAUCCGCUUGGGCCCACCACCCCAUUCAUCCCACCAACAAUGAGCCCAUUGCUUUAUUCUGCCUACCACUGUGGGCCCACCAGCUGCAUCCAAGCAUAUUGGUAGGACCCGCCGGACUACAUCGCCGUCCGCUACAUACGCCGGCGGUCGUUGACCUUAUGAUCGGCCGUCGUUUCAUCACCACUACAUUCGCCGGUGGUGUAUUCCAGCCAUCUCGGAAACUCAUGGGCCCACUCGAAAUUGUUGAAUCAUCCCUGUUCCUCAUUACUGCGAGCCCACCUGUAAACACAGUCUACUUUAUCCAGACCCCUGUCAGCCCACUGCAAUGUUUCGAAGAAUAUUGGCAAUGGGCCUGCCCAUAA